AAAAAUGGCCAGCGGUGGUAGACACGACCAGUGCUAUGCCCAGUGUCCUGCAUCUACAGUGACCAUCCAGCCACCACCUUUCGUCCUGACCAUCCCAGGACCUGCCAUCUACUGCCCAGACCAGCCUCUAGCCAUUGAGCAGUACAACCCCUGUGCCCGAGGUGGCUAUGGAGGUGGUGCCAGCGCUCUGUAUGCUAGCGACUUCUCCAACUUCUCCUCUCGGGCCCUGCCAAGCAGCACCUACAGCUACAGCAGCUAUCGCUAUUAACACACUCAGAUAGAAUAAGAACAAAGCAAGAAUAUGUUCCAGUGAUCCAGAAAUGUCAUUGUUUACCAAUUGGUUGAUCUUUCACAGUAGCCAUAUAUAUAUUUUAAGGCCUAAAAUGAGGACACUCAACAUGCCUAUCUGAUGUUGCACUUCUGUCUACUUCUAUGUGUAUGUUGACAAGUCAACAGUGCUCAGCUCAUUUUGCAUGAAGUAUGUAAUAUGUUCACCUAAUAUUUGAUCCUUAUUUGUUAUCUGGGAUCUGCCAUUUGCUAACAGCCUUUAAUUUUGCUGUCAGAGGUUUCAUGGGAAAAACAGUUUGUCUACAGGAAUGCAGUUUGUUUUGCAA